AUGACGUCCCAAGAAGUUGAACCAACCCAAAAGAACAAGAGGGUUCGUGAGUCACCGUCAACGUUUUCUUCACUACCAGACGAAAUCGCAGAGAACAUUCUUGCACGUGUCUCCAGAUGGCAGUACCCAUCGCUCUCUCUCGUCUCAAAGAAGUUCCACUCUCUCUUAUCAUCUAUGGAAAUCUACAAGACGCGAUCUCAAAUAGGAGCCCAAGAAACAUGCGUCUAUGUCUUGUUAGAGUUGCCUGAUCACCCAUGUGCGAGCUGGUUUAGCCUUUGGACGAAACCUAAUAAUCAAGACUCAAGUGGGAUGUCGGUUGUUCCUAUACCUUCUCCCCCUACCGAUUAUUUUCCAGGACUACGUUCCAUGAAAACGUUUGGUUCGUACAUGAACAUAAUCGGUGGACCCUACAAGGAACCGUCUUCCUCGGUUUGGAUCUUUGAUUGUCGGAGUCACACUUGGCGUGAUGGCCCUAACAUGUCCGUGACUAGAAAGAGUCCGCAUACAGUUUUACUCGAUGAGAAAAUAUAUGUGAUGGGAGGUUGCGAUAUUGACAAGUACUAUGCCAACUGGAUUGAGGUAUUUGACCUAAAAACUGAGUCCUGGACAGCCUUGCCUGGUCCUGACGUUGAUGAGUUAUUUAAACACUUACGCAUAAGCCGUUGGGAUAAAGUGUAUGUGUUUGAAGGGAAAUUUUACUUUAAGGCAGGUGUUAAGGAAUACAGUUACGAGCCGAAAGAUGGAACAUGGAAACUUGUAAAAGAGAUUUCGAGUUUCCUAUUCGAUAAUUCCGUAUGGACUUGGUGUGAGAUUGGGAAGAUAAUAUGUUGUUACACUCACCCGGGCUAUUUAAUGUGGUCUGCCUCGGAGAUUGAGGGUAGAGUGUGGAGAGAGAUCAAGGGUUUGGAGGAACUGCGUGAACAUCCUACAAGAGGUUUAAAACAUGGGUAUACGUUUACACUGUUGGACUGUGGUGGCCAAAUUUUAGUUCUGUGGGAUCUGAAGUGUCCCUUUACUAGCCCUACACAAAGCGACAAAAUUGGGUAUGCCAAGAUUUCUUUAGAACCAAGAUACAAUGGACGUGAGGUGUGGGGCAACGUUGAGUGUGUCCAUGUACUUACCUUUCCCGUCGAAUCAUAUGGAUGGUCUAGUUGUUUAACUGCUUUUGUUUGA